AUGGGCCACCCAGCUGUCCUUCUCACUGUGGCUCUGGCCACCCUCCUGGCUGCAGCAGCAGGGGCACCCAUCCUCAGGCAGGGCUCUCGGAACAAGCUGCUGCUGGUAUCCUUCGACGGUUUCCGCUGGAACUAUGACCAGGACGUGCACACUCCCAACCUGGACGCCAUGGCGCUGGACGGGGUGAAGGCUCGCUACAUGACCCCGGCUUUUGUCACCUUGACCAGCCCCUGCCACUUCACCCUGGUCACUGGCAAAUACAUCGAGAACCACGGGGUGGUUCACAACAUGUACUACAACACGAGCAGCAAGGUGAAGCUGCCUUAUCACACCACACUGGGCAUCCAGCACUGGUGGGACAACGGCAGCCUGCCCAUCUGGAUCACAGCCCAGAGGCAGGGCCUAAAGACGGGCUCCUUCUUCUACCCGGGCGGGAAUGUCACCUACCAAGGCGAGGCCGUGACGCUGAGCCGGAAGGAGGGCGUCCUGCACAACUACAAGGACGAGGCGGAGUGGAGGGCCAACAUCGACACCGUGAUGAAGUGGUUCACAGAUGAGGGCCUGGACCUGGUCACGCUCUACUUCGGGGAGCCAGACUCCACGGGUCACAAGUACGGCCCCGAGUCGCAGGAGAGGAAGGAGGUGGUGAUGCAGGUGGACAGGACCGUGGGCUACCUCCGGGACAGCAUCCGGCACAGCGGCCUGGAGAGCAGCCUCAACCUCAUCAUCGUGUCCGACCACGGCAUGAGCACCGUCCGCAAGAAAGCCGACGACCUGGUGGAGUUCCACCAAAUCGCUAACUUCACGUUCAAGGACAUUGAGUUUGAGCUCCUAGACUACGGACCAAACGGGAUGCUGCUCCCCAAGGAGGGGCUGCUGGAAAAGGUGUACGAGGUCCUCAAGGACGCCCACCCCCGACUCCACGUCUACAAGAAGGAGUUCUUCCCCAAGUCCUUCCACUACGCCAAUCACCCCCGGGUCACCCCCCUGCUCAUGUACAGCGAUCUCGGCUACGUCAUCCAUGGGCGACUGAACGUGCAGUUCAACAUGGGGGAGCACGGCUUUGACAACGGGGCCAUGGACAUGAAGACCAUCUUCCGGGCCGUGGGCCCCAGCUUCAGGAGGGGCCUGGAGGUGGAGCCCUUCGAGAGCGUCCACGUGUACGAGCUCAUGUGCCGGCUGCUGGGCAUCGUGCCCGAGGCCAACGACGGGCUCCUCAGCACGCUGCUGCCCACGCUCAGCUCCGAGGCCAGUGGCGGGUUGCUCAGCACCUCACUGGCCAUGACCCCGUCAGCACACUGUGCAUCUCGGCUGCGCAGGCGGAGAGACGCAAGCAGCCUUGUGGAGGAUGGGGAGACUGAGGGCCAGAGGAGCCGGGGCUUUGCCCACGGGACAGGCCUUCCGGGGUCUGCUCUCCUGCCAAGUGGCCGACCCCCCUUGGUGACAGGACUGCUGGUGGCUGCAGUUCUUCUGGCCAGGGUCUCAUAA